AUGCAGGCUCAAGUUGAGGUUUUGCUGUGCACAACGUCUCAGGAACAGACGGAGCAGCUGCACCGGAUCAAGGGCGACGCAGAUGCAAUUAACCACAAUUUGGAUCAGUCGGAGUGGCUCCUUCGCUCGAUGAAGUCCUUCGGCUGGGUCAGAAACAUCUUUCGGAAAGAGCCCAAGAACAGCCGCCCAUCGCCGCCACCCCCAGCUCCUUCCGGCAGAGCUUCUUUCUCCUCAGCUGCAUCGGCAGGAGGGUAUCCCCAAUCUGCUGGGCCGACGCCUAGCGACAGCAGUCGAGGUGCAGCGCGGCUUCUUGCCGAGGAUGCGGCUCGUCGAGCUGCGAGGAACUCUACUGCAUCAGCCAGCUCGGCCACAGGUGUCUCAACCCAGCUGAGACCAGACCAGAAGAAUCACGAGGUGGACAAAGUCUACGAUCAGAUUGACAAUAUGCUGGAGGGUCUCCUGGUCAAGAGCCAGCAGAUCCAGCAUACCCUGGGUCACCAUAACGAGAUGAUCCCUGAGAUUGCAGAGACGGUCGAGAGGGAUCAAACUCGAAUAAACAAGCAGAAGGCCGAGAUCAAAAAGAGGAUGGGCUGA